CGUCACUAACCAAGAUGGACAAGUUGAUAAUUUUAUUUCAGUUUGUGUUUAUUUGUUCCGUUUUGGGAGAUGCGACAUAUUAUAGUUCCUACUAUGGCUUACCUUUGACCGCUUCUCAAGUUGCUGCUUACACAUCGAAUGGCACCGUUGCAAACUGUACAAUUUCGGUGGAGGCCUGCGAUGAAACUGAAGCUAGGCGUAUUGAUGGAACAUGUAACAACCUGAACUACCCGUCAUACGGUGGUACUCGCACUCCUUACUACAGAAUCCUCGAUGCAUCUUACCACAAGAAAUCAAGUUCAGAAUUUGAGCCAAGGCUUUCGGCCUCGGGAACUGAACUAAACCUCACAAGGAAAAUCAGAACUUCAAUCUGGGCUGAAGGACGAGUGGACGAUGAGGUACUUACCAGCGUUAUCAACCACAUGGCUGUUUUCUUUGCUACAGACAUCACUAACACUCGUGACACAACAAACUACGUGACUUGGAGACCAUACUGCUGCAAGAGUGCAGGUAAAAAUGACUACGCUUGCACGCCUAACCACGUCCCUAAAGAUGACUUCGUGCACCGAUUCUCUGGAAUCAGAUGCUUGAACAUGACCAGACCCCUGACCUUCCAGACUUCUGGAUGUGCUCCCAACACAACUACACCAUUGAGAAUCGUCGAUGCUACUCCCCUGGUAGACUUGUCCCCUGUUUACGGUAACACCAUUGAAAAGGCAAGACGCACAAACUCAGGCGGAAAGCUCGUCACUGUAACAGUCAAUGACAGAAUUAAUUUCCCAGACACAUCAAGCCUAAAUCUUCUUCUUGGAAUCAACUUUGUGGGUAUUAUUCUCUUCUGGAACAACCACAACUUUAUCGCCGACAAGCUUGCUGAGGUCAAUCCCUGCUGGACAGAUGACCAGCUCUUUGACACGGCUAGGGAAAUUAACAUCGCUUAUGGUGUUCAAAUGUUCUACUAUGAACUUAUGGCUACUUUGAUGGGAAAGGAAAACUUGAUCGCCGAUGGUAUUUUAUCGGAAGAUGAAGGCUUCAGGGAUCUAUAUGACGAUACCAAACUGCCACAAAUUGCUUUGGAGUAUCCAGUAGUUUUGAGAUGGAUGCAUUCUCUACAAGACGGUGACUUAAGAAUGUACUACGCUAACGGAACAUACAAAUCUACCUUCCCCAUCGUAGACCUCACCUCAAACACUGACUUCCUGAAGGUUAACGACACCAUGGACUACGUGACUCAAGGGUUCUUUAGACAGCCCACAGCCAAUUCUAAUGAUUACAUUGCUGAUCCUGAUAUUGUUCAAAGAGGUCUUGGUCGGCUCCAGAGGUCUAAUGACAUUAUGACAAAUGAUUUGGCGAAGAACCGUUACUUUGGUUUCAAAGGAUACACUGAGUACAGGAACCACUGCUUCGGUGAUUCCAUUACCAGCUUCGAUGACUUAAGUGAUAUCAUUGAUGUUGAGAGGAUAACGCAGCUGAAACAAUUGUACAAAGACGUCACUGACAUCGACCUACUUGCCGGGAUAUGGGUGGAGAAGAAGAAAGAGAACUCACAUGUACCUCCCACCUUCUACUGUCUCGUCAAGGAACAGUUGGAGAGAUCAAUAGUCUCAGACAGACAUUGGUAUGAAAGAGAAUCAAGGCCAAAUGCUUUCACUGCUGAUCAAUUAGCGCAAAUCCGUAAAGUAAGUUUGGCGCGUAUGCUGUGUGAUAUCGGACCCGGUGUCACUGAAAUCCAGCCCAAUGCAUACGAGUUACCUACGACUGGAAACGAGAUCGUCAGUUGUGAUGAAAUUCCCAACUUGGACUACUCAUACUGGGCAGAUAAUACAAAAUGCACUACAUCAUCAUAGAAGCGUUUGUAAAAUAUAAGAUUUAA